AUGAAGCCGAGGACAACUUCCAAUCUUCCUUCCCACUCAGAGGACCGUCCCGUCUCCCUCCCUGGUACGUCAUGCGACUAUAACGGUCGAAUAACAGCUUGUCAUCCAGGAACAGAUGGAAUCAACCGUGUUGCUGACGUCCGAACUGCAAAUGGAGUUAUUCGAAGACCUCUGCACAAAAUCUACCAUCAUCGAAUCAUCAUCAAUACCAAUGAUCGAAGGCUGUUGAAAGACGUGCUUUCAACGCCCGGGGGCAUGUUGACGCGC